AUGGCGGACAAGGACGAACUACUGCCGACGUCUUCCACAGCUCCAAAAAAACAGCCGGAGCAGGGCGGGGAAAAGCCGAAACAAGAGAAUCCGGCUGAAUUCGAACAAAAGGAAGAAAUGCCUGGAAAAAUACCCAAUCUCUACAAUAAAUUCGUGCAGAGCUUUGAGAAUGCUUUGAAUACAUUGACCAGUAAGUUGUUAUUGUUUGUGUUUGUAUUUUAGAAGAAAGAUUCUCGUUGUUUGUUUGCGAAAAAGAGGUGUUUGUUGUUUAAAAUUGAUAUCUUAAAGGUUAUAGAUAGUUCGAAACGUUAUGUUUCUUGUUGAAAAAUUAGCAGAAUUUAACAUAGUUUCUUAUUAAAAAGUUCGUUUUAUGAAAUUUUAUUUUCGAGUUACAAAAAAUGGCACUUUUUCGCAAAAAUUUAUGGAAAGCGAUGUGUGGUGGUCGAAGAUUGAUUUCUAAACGAAUAGAACUUAUUCAGAAGGGUAUUAAAUUUUAUAUAAAUGUUUAAAACAUUAAAAUACUGCUUCAUAAGUCUUAAUUUUGAUGUCACCUUCUAAAAAUGUCACAUUUCAGCCGAGCCAGAGCCAAAAUGUCCGUUAAAAUCGUUCGAUUUGGAGGGUGUGGCCCAGUUUAUUCAAGCCAGGAAAGCUAGGAAUAUUGUUUUUAUGGUCGGAGCUGGAAUAUCGACUUCUGCCGGUGUUCCAGACUUUAGAUCACCAAAGACUGGUCUAUAUUCGAAUUUAGACAAGUACAAGUUACCUGACCCACAAGCGAUUUUCGACUUGGACUUUUUCAAGGAUAAUCCCGUGCCUUUCUAUCAAUUGGCCAGGGAAUUAUUUCCUGAACAUCUUAAGGUAAUAUUUACGGUUUUUUGAAGAUUCUGUAAACUGUUUUAGCAGGUUUUUGAGAUAAAUGGAUAACCUUUUCAGCAAUUUUUUUCGAAUCUUUAUUUUUUGAUAAAUCUUUGUGCUAUUAAUCUUUGGCGUCUCAAAUUUUGUAUCUUAAAUUGUAGUAAGAUUAAUUUACAAUAUUGUUUUUGCUAUGAUUAUGAUUUUUUUGAGUUUUGUAUUCGUGUUAUCUAAAAUUUAUUUUUUGUAGUUUUAUGAAUUUGCGAUGAUGUUAUAAUUAUGAUAACAAACUAGGUGUGAUUUAGAGGAAAUUGUAACCCUUCUAACUUUUUUUUGAAUAAUACUUAACAUCUUGUUACCUAUAUUUUGUGUUUAUAUAAAAUAGCUAUAGUUCCUCAUUUUCAGCCAACACCAUGCCAUUACUUUAUGAGAUUACUGGACGAAAAAGGUUACCUACGCCGUAUCUACACUCAGGUACGAUUUUAGUUUAUUGUUUUUUUUUGUUUUUAGGAUAUUAAAUUAGCCAAAAAGGAGUUUGAAUUGGCAAAAAAGUGUUUAAAAGCUGUCGUUUUCAGAACAUUGACAGUCUAGAAUGGAUAGCAGGCAUAAACAAAGAUAAGGUUAUAUAUGCACAUGGCUCACAUCAGACCAGCUCAUGUUUAAAAUGUAAAAAGAAGUACGAUUUGGACUGGAUUACUGAUUUUCUAAAUAAAAAAGAACCGUUAGUUCCAUAUUGUUCGUGCAAAGGGCUGAUAAAGCCUGACAUUGUCUUUUUUGGAGAGAACUUGCCUUCUAAGUUCUUUACUUCAGCUGUUAAUGUAAGUUUUAUAACUAUCUAUAAGGUUUCAUGAUUGUCUAUGUUACUUCAAUUUUUAUUUUCUGACACAUUAAGGCUUUAAAUGGUACUGUCGUAUCUAAAACUAUGUUUAUAAUUAGUUGGCAGUAUGUAUUAUAACAUUAGGGAGACAAUACGAUUUAAAACUGUUUUUGAGUUGAUUUCAGGACUUCCCCAAGUGUGACUUGUUGAUUAUAAUUGGCACGAGUCUUGUUGUCCAGCCGUUUGCUUCAAUGGUUCAUGAAGUAGCGGAAGAGACGCCUAGGUUACUGAUUAAUUUAACGUCAGCGGGUAAAAUAAGCAAAAGGGAACGAGCGCAAGGAUAUCAAGGCCUAACUUAUGAGGACAAGGACAAUUUUAGGUAAGUUUUAAGUUCUUGGUUUCAAUCGAUGAGUUUUCUCAUUUACUUUGAAAGAGGACUAUAACAACAUCAACGUCAUUCAAAUUACCGUUUCUUUGUAAAUUAAAUUUGUUUUUUGUCUGUAUCUCAACUUCCUUAACUCUUUCCGCUUUUUUUGACCGAAGAAGCCUCAUGAGGAUUAAUUUAAAUGUUUCAGAGACGUCUUCUGGAAGGGCUGUGCUGAUGAGGGAAUUUUCGAACUGGCUGAACUGUUGGGCUUAAAAGACGAACUUCACCAUCUAAUUCAGAAGGAGCAUGAAAAGAUUGACAGAAAAGCCACGGAGAAGUCAAAUCAAGCCCCAAAAUCGACUGAGGAUGUGGCAAAAGUGGAGAUAUCGACUGGAAAAGGUGAUAAGAUUGGGAAAUGUGAUGGAAAACUUGAUAAAACGGGGAAAUUAGAUGGUAAUGACAAUGAAAAAGCUGAAAAGUCGGCUGAAAACGUUGAGAAGGCAGGGCAAUCGACAGCAUUAUAA